CCCUGCUACAUUUCCUCAUUGUGAGUUUGACGUGCGAGGUAUUGGGAACUGAAGUGAGCUGGUCACCAUGCAGGUGUUCCUUCACUGUAGACGGCUUGUCCUGGCCCUGGCCCUCAUCCUGGUUUUGGAUUCUUCCAUUCAAGGUUUUCCUAUGAGGAGAGCCAGAUAUGAAUGGGUACGCUGCAGCCCCGACAGUAAUUCUGCAAACUGCAUAGAUGAAAAGGGACCAAGUUUUGAACUACUUCCAGGCGAAUCCAACAGGAUCCUCCCUCUGAGGACUGACCCUUUUACAUUGUUGAGAUCCCAGAACCUGAAUGAUGCCUUCCCUCUUUCUGAGGAUGUUUCUGGAUCAGGCUCUGGCUCUGGCAGCAGCUCUGAAAGUGUCUCCUUCACUGAUAUUGAACAAGAAUAUCAACCAAUAGAUGGAAACCAAGCUUCUUAUCAGGAUUUUAGCUCUUUGGAGAAGAAUCUGCCCUCUGGUGAUCCUGGCUUAGAUCAAAAUGAAGCAGGGCAGGAUUUUAUCAUAUAAAGAAGAGAAUUUCCUUACUUUGACACCAGGCAAGGCAUUCAGUAUAUUUUGUUUACCAUGGCUAAGUUGUUAACUUUGGAACAAAAAAUUUAUAGAAAUUUAAAAACACCUAAGAAAAAGAAGCCUAAGUCUUAAUCAUCUUGUUUCUCAUGAUUUCUUAAAGCCUCAUUUAUCUGGUCUGUUGUUCCAGAAAAUACCUGCAUUUCUUUUGUGUCAUACUUAGCAAGCAUCACUGUAAAUUAAGUAAACUCAUGUCUAUAAAAUUGCUUUAAGGAAUAAAUUAUACUGUUUUAAAAAAAUUGAGCUGAGAAGAAAACCAACAGGUAGUAUUUCAUAUUUAACUCCUUAGAACCUCUGAUGGUUAAUCACAGAUAUGCCCUUUUUCUUAUGGAAAGGUCAAGAUGAGCCAACAGUAAAUUUAUAGAGUGGGAAUAUAACAUGUUUGACAGUGAGAAGUGUAUACUCUAAUAUUACACUGGACAGGUUUGAAGAGCUAGUGGACAUUGUUUAGACGGGUGACUGCUUACUUAAGAGCCAAAUUAAAGCACAUUUGUGCUUUCCAUACCUCAUGCAGCUUUACUUCCUGCCCUGGAUGUCAGUGUAUUCUGUAUUUUCAAAUGUUACUCUAUUAAAGCAAAAGUAAAAC